AUGGCCGGAAGAGGUUCUCGACGUGCACCUGGUGAACAUAUUAGUUUACCUUCAAAUGCAGCUGCUGAUGUUGAUGCUUAUUUUGAAUAUCGAGCUAUUGUUGGUGAUGACGAUGGAGGAAAAGUAUUCACUCCGGAAGAAUUUGAACAAUAUAAGAAAAGAGUUUUACCAAUGCGUCUUCAUAAUCGGGUGUUUGUUUCAUGGGUGAAUCCUCAAGGAAUGGAUUGUAUUUUGAUUGGCCCACAACAUAAAUGUCUUUGUCGGCAUAAAUUUGCAGAACAUAAAACAGAUUUCGCUCAAAUUCCUACGGAACGACCGAUACUGAUAUCAUGUCGUCAGCAAGGCUGUCGUUGUGUUGCAUAUGAAUAUGUUGCUAAUGCGUCGGGUACCAGUGAUCCAAAUUGUCGAUGCAAACAUUCACUUGAUAAUCAUGCUACCAAACCGCCUUAUAAAUGUCAAAAGAAUUGUAAUUGUACCGGAUUUUCAGCUCCGUUUACAUGUACAUGUGGUGAAUCAGCAAAUAAACACAUAACUCUAGUUGAAACAAAAGAAGAGCGAGAAGAACGAGGUCAUCCAACAGGUUAUGCAACACCCUAUCAAGCUAUGGGUGGUUUAACAGGUUUUAGUUCAUUGGCUGAAGGCUAUCUACGAUUGGAUCCUAGCGGAAGAGGUCGACCAGACGAUGAUUUUCUUAAUCAACCAAUAACAGCCAUGGACCAUCCUAUUCUUCGUGUACACGCAUCUCAUGAGCCUGAUAGCGCUGAAGCGCAAUCACAAUUGAGACGUACUGGAGAAUCUGAAAUGGAUUAUUAUGAACGUCGUUAUCAAGAACGACAACGUCUUUCACGUGGCAUUCGAGCACCACCAAAUCCGUACGAUGAUGAUGCUAAAUUAACAACUGGCACACGAAACGAUAAAACACAACCACGUCGUAUUGCUGGGAGCAAAAAAUAA